AUGAAGGAGCCUCCCGCAUCGCCCCAGCAGCCAUCAUCUCCUAGGAAUCUCUUUUUCAGGCGACCAAGACAAAAGCGGAAUCCACUUUCGCGCCCCUAUGACGACGAAGUCGGGGUGAUUCUUACGAAACUAUUAAAUCAAUCGAGAACGUUUUCCUACAAUUCGUCCUCAAAAGCGCAGCCCGACUCCGAACACACAUUCGUAGUACCUCCUUUCUUGUCGAAACACAACGGGAGAAUUUUGCAUUGCCGGAUAAAUCGUUGGCGACAAAUACCGCCUUCUAGGCUUUGGGCCUCACUCAAAGAAUUGUUGUAUGCCACACACGCUUACCUGUGGCAACCACAGAACCAGCCCUCCCGACGAAACGUUUUCCUGCUAACGGCUACCGUGCUAUUUUUUCUUUAUUGUCUGGGAGUGGCUCUGGUUCAUGCCGUGAUUGCAUAUGGUGCUCAAACUAUCUGCGCUGUGUCUUCUGGUUUCUUCGUUCUACUUUUGGACCACGAUGAGGCAGAGAAGGCCUGUCCGAACGCAAUCAAAGAAUUGGCUACCUGUUUCCAGCGGGGUGUCCAUUCACUGGACAACUUCCUCCAGGUACAUCGUUUCGCUGGACGGGAAUGGAAUAAAUUGGAUAUGGAAUGGGACCGCGCCAGCAAUGCCGCAUCCACCCGUACGCGCCUCUGGGAUCUACCUCCACCCACAAUUCACACGACGGGACAGCGCAUAGAUCCAGAAUUUUCGGUACGUCCCGAAUGGGGUGACGCAACCGCUCAUCAUCACGCUGCAAUUAAUUUUUGCUACGCAAUGUUGCGCGAAGAACAGUUGUCGAAGGCCUCUACUAGCAAUCGGCAACAGAAGAAAGCUUCCCAGGCUUCGAGUGUGAUUUUGCAUGAAAAAGUUCCCUUGAUACUCUCAGAAACUCCAAAACGCUCAAAAUCAUCAGGACUGAUUAAUGAAAGAGAUUGGGGCAGCGACUCUAUUGCGAAAAACAAAAGAGCAUCCAGGUCUGUUGUAACGGUUAUGUCAACAAACCUGCGUCAACCGUUUCCUGAGCUGGCUUCCAUAAAGUCCCUCAUCGAAGAAUUUGAAGUAAAGGUGGGUGAUCGCACUACACCAAAAUCUCAAAUAGGGGAUUAUGCGGACGAGCCUCUUAACUCUUGUCGUGUUUUGGAAGAAGACACUCUGUCGGAGCUACGCUCUGAUGUUCAAUCUGUGGGGUCUGAUGUUGCCGGGGAUCUACCCUGGAUCGAUGUUGGUGCUAAGAUCGGCAUGAGUCUUUUGAAUUCGGCGCAUCUCCAGCGCGCACUAGUGUCCCGAGAAGCAAAAGAUUGUUUUAUGGAAAGGCUAGGACGGGAAGGCGGCAACGCGAGUUUAAGUGAUAUGGCGUCAUCAAUUGCUGGGGCCGUUUCUGAUACUGGCUCGGCUGGGUUGGAUACAAACGACAUUGUCAAACAACCUCCCAAACCCACACACUCCAUGUGGUCAUCACCCGCAAUCGUUGUUGCCGAUACCGGGGAAGAGAGCCCACAUUGUUCGGCUUCAAGCCUCUGUGAUGUUGAUCCCAUGUACAAUUUCGAUGAUUCCGCGAAGGAGGAUCUUUCAUCUCCGACUUUGAGCCCAACGCCUUCAAUACCUAUUGACCUACUUCUGCAGAAGCCACGUAGUUCUAUAUAUCCACGGCCUUUCUUUGGCCGAACGAGCAAUGCGACUAGGAGUUGUGCAAAACAUUUUUCGACGGGGGAAAGGUCACCGUCAAAGGAGUCGAAAGGGACUAAGCAGUUCUCCCCGAAUUUAACAAAUAUGCAUGUAAAGCAGAUGAAAGGUUGGUUUUCGGGCCAAGAGGUGCCAUUACCAGCUGGAAGCGACAACUACGUGCGAGAACUUGAUGCUCCGUCUUGCGUUGGUACCGUGGUUGUUUCUUCGGAAGAUGCAUCAAAUACUACGGACAGGAAUCGUCGGCGUCUUCCAUUACAGAGAGGAAUAAAAGUCGCCGUUCCCGUAUUUCCGAACCAGCCGAGGGCAAAAGGCUCCGAAAAACGUUUAAGUCAAGCAAACUAUCAAAUGGGAACAGUAAUGUGUAGUGAGCGCAUCUUUGUUGGGUCGUUGAGAGCUUCCCUCGAAAGAUUCACUGGCGAGACCAAUUGCCUUUCAGUCACCGUACAGCUCGACAGGUCAUUUCUUCGAAACGGCGAGUUUGCCGAACUCACGUUGCGCGUUUUGGACUCGUGGACCUCACGAUACAUGCCGCGGCAUUCGAAGGUCCCUUUGGGAAGUUGCGUGGUAUCUUCUUUUGGUAUUGGUGUACUCGCUGGCUGGAGAGCAGAAGAUGACUGUCACGUCGUACGUUCCUUAUGGCAGAGACGCGGUAGCGGCGCUGCCCACGCUUACUUGAAUCGAAGCGCUAUUUAUGGUACAAUUGAGGCCGGAAUCGGAUUUCGAGUGGAGACGAGAUUUGGGUGGGGGACCACUCAGGCCUACGUCAAGGUCGGGCGUGAUUUUUUAUCGGGAAGUUAUUUGGUUAAAAUCGGUGAAGAAGGCCGUAUGAAGGGCCACAUCAUUGAGAUCGCAAGACCAGGUAUUUUAUCUUGCCACGGAGCUCAAUUCAUUCCGGUUAUCGAACAUCUUCGCGAAGCCGCAAACUUCCAGAUUCAAGUCGACAAUUACAACGCAGCUUUCCGUGAACGGUGUCUUGAUAACACUAGACAAGAGUCUGACAAAAGCUUUUGGCGUUCUUGGUCCAAGUGCGGCGAACUUUUUUGGAACAGUUUUCUGAAAGCAGCAGAGGAAGACCGUGGCUUUGACCGAGGCGUGAACGAAUUUAUGAGUGACCUUAUCAGCUUUCUCGAUCGUCUUGACAUAAAUCAAACCGAUCCAAAUUUAGCACUAGAUCAUUGUAUCUCAAAUGACUUUGAGGUUGAAUGCGUAGUCAGAGAUGAAAACGAACCGUUGGUUGAGGAAAAGAAAGACACACAGGAACCUGGCUUCUGGAUCAUUAAUGACAUUCUAGGCGGAGUCUUCAAACGCCCGGAUCAGGAAAGUGAUCGCAUUGUCGAGGACAAUGAAUCGUUCGAACUUGAUGCCGCUAGUGCGAACGCACAGUAUUACGAACGUGCUUUUGGAGUUAUACAAACAUUGAUGAAGACGGUCUCAAUCGCUCGUGCUGCAAGUACAGAGCACCCACAUUUUCGCCUGGCAUUGGCGAUCGGGUAUGAUUUUCUUCUCUUCGUUCGCACCCUCGUCAAGGUGCAGAGAAAAAACAUGUCUGGUCAGUCCUUAAUGAUAUGGAAACGAGCAUUAAAUGAAAUCGCAUCAACUUUUGGACCGAUUACACAACGAAUCGAGAGAAUUGGGAGAGGUAUUGCAGCCCGAAUGGAAAAGCAAGGGCGUAAGGCUAAAGUACGAACAUUGAAAUUCGUUGACAUUAUUCUGGGUGACGAGAGGUUGCUGUUCGCACUUGAACAAGGGGAAUGGACACAAUGUGCAACAAGACUCGAAAUUGCAUUUGUCAAGUCUCAAAUCAUUCCCGAAGAAUGCGUUUUGCACUACCGAAAAAUGGUUCGAUUUCUGGUCAAUCACAUCCAAACUGCUAUGGCAAACAAUGGCGGCGCUGCGGAACGGAAUAACGAAAAGAUUGUGCUGCUAGCUCAGAUUGUGCAAUGGAUAGCAGCACCUCGACGCUCUGUUCUAAAGUUCUUUCGCGACGAUAAUGUCCUCGAACUAUUUGAGAGGAUUCUUGUCCGCGUAUUUCGAAAAGAGGAAUUAGCGUCCCGGAUGCUAAUGAUUCACGCCUCAAACUUUCAAUCACUUCGUCAUUUCCGCAUGCUGAAAGAUUUUUCAACUAGUGGUCGUCUUUGGAUUCCCUUGCUUGACGCAGCAGACGAAGAGUUUUCUUGGAUGGCCGCCCAUGUACCGGAGAGUGCCAAAGGUUUUAUGUGCUCGCUGUCAAACCUUUUUUCUUUGUGCGUUGCUCAAUUUCACCGUAUAAAUGCCGGAGACUUAUCGAUGGACUGGUUGGACUUUUUGCUAGAAGACGAUGCCGUACGGAUUGUCCAUGACAUUGACAUCAAACUCAUCCUCGCCCUCGAAGCUUUCUCGCGUGAUGUAAAGGAAAUGAUGGCGAUUGUACCUUACUAUGCAAGUAUCGAUGACGACAUACUGAACUUGAUGGACGAAGUGGAUGUCGACGAGUUUUUGAAAGAAGGAGUAGAGGCGAUGGAGGAUCCAGAAAAGCUUUCGCAGUUUAUUCGAGAGAAGUCCACAAUCGCCAUAGAAAGAUUUUUGAAUUAUCUGCCUAAGAUGUCCAUUCCUGUUGAGAAACGAGAACUAGGAGAAGGUUGGAUGCUGACUUGUCAUGGAAAGGACGGUGGCGAUUUAACUUUGUCAGAUGUGAAAAUCAGACGCAAAAACCUGAUUUGCCAGGUCAUAGGUGGGGAUUCCUUGUUCUUCCCAAUGUUUGGAGAUGACGAUGUUGACGAUGCUUCCGUAUCCGUCCCAGACGAUAUCAAUCCACUCUUUUCACCAAGUGGUUGUAUUGAAGAAUCAAUUCUUGAUCAUAUCCGAGGGAUUCUUCUCGAAGCCCAGCGCCAGGGUUGCUGGCAAGCAGGCUUCGGUGGCGUUGAAAAGCCGCCUACGGAUCGUUACGUUGCUGCGGUUCUUCACAAUUUACCCAUCUCUUCUGUCUUGAACUGCGCAAUUGAGCUGUGGAGAAAUUUGGAAAUUGACGACGACGAGCUUCUUGAAAUUGCCAUAAGAGACGUCUCGUACCAAAUUGAACUCCACCAAGAACGUAAAGAUGAGACAAACAAGGAAAGAAGCAAAAAGUCUUGUGCUGAUAUCUCGCGUCACGAAGAAUGCUUACGUUGUCCAAAUCCAUUGAAGACGCCGUCCUUCGAUACCGUCCGCCGUCGUUUCAACCCCCGUCUAGAUCCAACUGUUCUCUACCUCGAGAUGAAUAAGCUUUCGCUGAAACUCGACAAGUUUUUGUUUCUUAUCGAGAAAAAAGCAAGAAACAUUUUUGACCCGUUGUUUGAGGGCCAAGGAAUUGACGAGAUGUCACCUAUUCUUCUGCUAAAGGAUCUUGAAGUGUCUCUCGACCGUGUUCAGCUAAAAGUACAGGACACAGGGUUUGGGUCAGAUUGGAUAUUGAACAAAGCGGUCCAUGUUUUCGAGGCAAACAUCACCCGUGUAGUUGCAGACAAUUUGAGAGACCAGAUCGAAGAGCAAGCAAAAAACGCAAUUGAAAAUCUCAAUUCUUACUUCUUGGUCAACCCAAAUAUGCUACUGAAUAUAUUGGAUGUUACAAUGGAUGAUCUGGACGAACGUGUUGUGUUUGUUUAG